CCGUAAAGCGCGGCGCGGGCUGCGCGACAGCCGCGAGGUCCCCGGUGGAAGAUGGCGGCGGGGGAGGCGAAGUCGGUGCUGUUCGUGUGUCUGGGAAACAUCUGUCGCUCUCCAAUAGCUGAAGCAGUUUUUAGAAAACUUGUAACUGAUGAAAAAGUUGAACAUAAGUGGAGGACAGACAGUGCUGCUGUUUCAGACUGGAACGUGGGGCGCUCCCCAGAUUCAAGGGCUUUAAGCUGUCUAAGAAAUCAUGGCAUUGAGACAGCCCAUAAAGCACGGCAGGUUACUAAAGAGGAUUUCCAGACCUUUGAUUAUAUACUUUGCAUGGAUGAGAACAAUCUAAGAGAUCUGAACAGGAAAAGCAACCAAGUUAAAGACUGCAAGGCCAAAAUUGAGCUACUGGGAAGUUAUGAUCCACAGAAACAGCUUAUUAUUGAAGAUCCGUACUAUGGGAAUGAAAAGGACUUUGAAACUGUUUACGAGCAGUGUCUUAGAUGUUGUAAAGCAUUUUUGGAGAAACCUCAUUAAUGCUUCAUCAUUUAAUUUCUAAAAGAAAAUAAUUAGCUUUUCCUGAAAUAUGUAAAGUUUACUUGAUUGAUACAUUUAAAUUGUAAAAUUAUGCCUCUGUGUUCAAUACUUAUUCAGUUGAAUUUUGUAUUUUAGCUUUUCUGUCAUCUAAUGAAAAAAUAUAGAAAGGUUUUAAUUGGAUUACACGAUCAACCAUUUUGUCACUCAUCAGUGUAGUAAUAAAGUAUAUAAUUCAGGAUUAAUUUAUCUGUAAACUCUUCAGUGCUUUCUCACAAGCACUGCAAAAGUAACAUCUUGCUUCUUUAUGUGCUGUAUUAACUAAACUGAGGUCUUGUCAUUGUGUCCUUAGUGAGUUAAUUUCAGUCAGCUUUCAGUGGGAAUCUGAGAUAAUGGUUGAUGUGUAACUUGGAUGUGUCAGUAUCAUGAGGCAGCCUUUGAAUGGAAGGUGUUUCACAGGAAGCCUUCUAGACUCAAAGAACUGCUGCCUGACAGACAUUGCUCUUAGCACUAUUUGAAAGCUUAAGCAAACAAAACCUUCUUGUGUGUCAUCAGGAUGCAGCAAAAAUAGCUUUUUCUGUCAGUUUAAAUCCUUAGUUAUUCAAAGAAGAAAUAAUUUUUGUUCCAGUUCACUUUUAUACUGUUGAAGAUGAACAAAGUUCAGAAACUGAUUAGGACUUCUGGUCUUCCUUUGUUCUUCUGGGUGAUUCGUAGCACACUGACACAAGUACAUGAAACAUAGCAUUUACUUUGAUGACAAAACGUAUCAGCUUAAAAGCUGAAAUGUGAAAUCACAUUUUGUAUCUUAUAGUAGUAACAUACUCAAAUCCAUGCAAUAUAAUAGAUGAGAAAUUUGCUAUAAUUCCAGUUCCUACAUGAGGGUCAGACAGUAUUUACAGAUUUACUCAGGAGAGUGGACAGCCUGUCAGAAGUGUUCUCUGAGAGCAUAGUUCAACCCAAACGGAGUUCAUCUGUACUACAGUACAAAGUAAACCAAAGGCCAGUAAGUAGAUAGUUCUGCUCUUGGACAAAUUGCUUUGUAAAAAUCUGUACCUGCUUGUCUGAACAUCACCUUUCUUGUCUGCCUUAGAAAUGUAAAUGCACUGAGAUCAGUAAUGUAACUGGUACCAUGAUGAUUUUUCCUAUUUUGACUAGUAUCAGCAUUGGUAUGGACUAGCAUUACCACAUUAUCUGUAAAACUGGGUCUAUAAAAUUUGGUUUCAUAUUUAUUUAGCCUUUUUUUUGUGUCUCUUCCUGCCUUCCAAAGUAGUAGUCUCUGUAUUUGUAACCUACUUUAUCUUCUGGGGGAGAGAUGUAUUUCAAUAGAGGAUACUGUUACUCCUGGGGAAGUUGGAAUCCUGGUGUCACUCUGUGUGUGUUGAAGCCUUCACGAUAGGAAUUAAAUUUCUUGGGACUUUUGCUGUAGAACAGCUAUUUUGUGUUACGGAGGUUUCUGUUUUCUGCUAAAAUUUCAGUCACACCUAUAACUUAAGAACCUGCUUACAAAAAGGCAGGUGGUACAGGGAACGCUUAAACACAGAAAUCAGAAUCUUGUGCAUUAUUGCAUUACCAGUAGUUUUGACUUCUAAAAAACAAGCUAGAAAUUUGCAAGUUAACAGCUGUUUCACUUCAGGGACAAAGAAUAAUACAAUAUUUCAGGUCCAACUAAGCACUGACUCUGGAAAAAUUAUUGUCCUUUGCUUUUAUGCAUGCUUUUACAAAGUAAAUGGGGAAAAAUGAUGGGCAGUAGGGACAAACCCUCUUAAAUGUGGUUUUAUGCAUUAACCUCAAAGGUGGAAGUGUUUAGGCAUAAUCUAAUGUUAUUCUCUGCCUGAAUGAUCAUUUCAAAGAUUCCAGUGAAAUUAAAAUAACUCACAAGAUUUAGAACGUGAUGACUUGUACUUUCCCAUUCAUGGCUGUGAAGGAAUUCAACAGUUUCCUACGUAUUAAAGCUAAGAUUUAAAGGUCUUAAAUCUUUAUCUUUGAGCUGCUGGGGUAACAGAAAGGACAUAAAAGGAUAUGGUUGUUUACCUUUACUAGGCUUAGCAAUCUUCCUGUAAAGUGAUACAAACUAUUUGUGUUAAAUUCAGUUCAGAUUUAAAAGUUUCACCCUUGAGAUACAUAUUCAGCAAGUAAUCUGUUGGCUAAAUAAUUCACUAAGUGUACUAGGAGGAGUAAGGUAAUAGAUUGAUUUUUAUCAUUAGUAGUUUUCUUUCUGGAAGAGGGGAAGGAGAUGACCAUGGUAUUAUAUACAAAUUUGUAGAAGCCAAGAAUAGAGAACUGGAAUUGCCUUCAGGAGGGACAGUUGCACGGUACAGUUUGUUCAGUGGAACCACAGUGAAGCACAGAGUUCCACCGACAUGUUUACUGCAGGUGAGCAGCUGAGUGAAUCCUGUAGAAGUAGAUUCCUUAAACUACCAUGUUUCCUGUAGCCAUAUAUUGCAUCCAUUGAGAGAUGAAACUUUAACAUUUAGUGUUCACUGAAAGCAAAUAAAAACUUGUAAUUCUCUCCUGCUAAACACAGCCACGUUCUUGCAUGGGAUUUUGUACUUCUGCCAUUUUCUCUUUUCUUCUAAAGAGCUGGAUGCUGAAGGCUCUUCAGUGUCCAUUUCAAGAAUCUCAGCUCCUUGAGUUUUCAGGGUGGGGAGGUAUGUUAGUUUCAGUUUUACAUUCUGUGGUUCAAAUUGAGGAUAGAAAGAAAACUAAAUGCCAGUAUAAGUUAAAAGUACACGUGGUUCAUCUACAGAUUGCACAUAAAAAAUUUCUUCCUGUUUGAGCCAUUUUAUUUUGUCAACUGAAUUUAAUAUCUGAUUUAAGGAAGAAAGGGAAAUGUGUUUCAAGGCUUCUCGAGUAAGUGUUCACUGACUUCUUAAAAAUUCUACAAUAGUAAAAUGAUUUACUGGACAUUUGCUGAUUAUAUUGCCUUGCUGUAUCAUGAAUAAGACUGCAGAUUAUUAAAAAAACCCCAACAACAAUAACCCACAAAACCAAACAAAACCCCACAACCAAACAUGAACAAAAAGCCCCCCCCCAAACCAAACCCCAAACAAAGAAAAAAUCCUAAAACAACUGUUAUUCAUAAAAAACAUUCCAUCUUAUAAUGCUGGAGAGAAUUGGAGCAGCCUUGUGGGCUCGGAAGACACACAGAGAGUGUCCAGAUUACUGAACUUCUCUGAGGUGGAUAUAACUUUCCUUCUUACGCUAGUGAGCUCUUAAUGGAAAGAGGUUUAAGUGUGAAUAAAUGACAGUAGCUACCAGAGGGUAGCUUGUUUACCUAGAUUCAAUGAACAGAAAGCAAACUGAGAACAACUUAAUACCAAACACUUUAUUACUUACGCUUGUUAUUUACAGUAUUUACAUAUUGCACGUUCGCUGGAAUGUUUUAUACAUUUAUUAUAUAAAGUAAAUUAAUGGCAGCUUGUGUUUGUGUACAAAAUCCAUGCUCCACUGUCCCAAAAAGUAUGUCUACUUGGAAUUACGUUCCUGUUUGUCAUGCAGUUUGUACUCCCAGGGUACAAUGUGACCCCAAUGCAAGUCUGUUUUAACCAAACUUUUAAAAAAAUUGCAUAAGCAUGAAGGGUGUCAAGUGACCACAACUACCGUGGAGCAGAUCUUUAGUAGUUCUAGAUAUACAAACAAACAUUCCUUAAAAUUUUAGAAUUAAGCAAUAGAACAUCAAUUUUCUUGGUGAAAUAUUUGUGUUUACAUAAUUUUUGGCAGCAUUACACAUCAAUUGUAAAGUGUGUUUUUAAGUACGGAGCAUUAAGUACUACUGGCAGUUAUGCUACUGUAAAGAAUGUCAAUCUGCAAACUUGAUGGCAUACAAAAUGCAUGUUAAAAGAAUUAUGGGAAGUAGUCUGUCAAUCUGCAAAAAUAAAUCUCUUGUUCACAAUGGAAUUUGCUAAAAGGUAGUAAGUUCUAUUUCCCUGUUGGUUUCCAAGGCACUUCUCUUGGUUCUUGGUGGUUCUUGUCAUGGUAAUAACAUCUGGUGGAUUAAAAGAAAGAAGAAAAUUGCCUUUCACUAUUUUUAUAUUCACAUAGAUGCGUUUCAAAAUGUGUUUAUCAUGCUGAAAAUAAUAAAUAAAACUGGAGAAUUCCAUAAUAA